AUGAGCAGACCGUCCGAGACACUGUCGAGCAUAGCUGUGACUGGGCUAGUCCAAGUUGCGAAUUGGAAGCCGCUUUCAUUCGAUCAAAUCACUGACAAUCUGGACGAUACAGUGGAAUCGCUGCUCAAGGAUAUUAGCAAUCAUAUAACACUCAAAAUACUGACCAAACAGUUUGUCUCAUUUUUCUGA